UUUUGAUUACGACGAUUUGUAUUUUUUGUAAUGUGAUUUUCUUUUUAUGAUGUAUUCAUUUAUGUAAUAAGUUCGCGAUGUUUAGUGAAUUGACGCGUUGAAAUUCUGCAUACUGAUAAAUGUGUGAUGUUUUGACUAGAAAUAUGCCAGCUUUGAUAUGAUUCAAAAUGAUAUCGAACGAUAAUUCGGAAGUGCCAUCUGGGCCCAGAGUCGUUGUCAUUCAUAAAACAGAAUCUGGUUUCGGAUUCAAUGUACGCGGACAGAUCAGCGAAGGCGGUCAAUUGAAAAGUAUUAAUGGAGAAUUAUAUGCUCCUCUACAACAUGUCAGUGCUGUACUGGAAGGAGGCGCUGCUCAUAAAGCUGGUAUACGAAAGGGAGAUCGCAUCCUCGAAGUAAAUGGGCAAAAUGUUGAAGGAUCUACGCAUAAGCAAGUCGUGGAUUUGAUUAAAUCUGGCGGCGAUGUUCUUAAACUAGUGGUAUUAUCAGUUACAACCCAAGAAGCUGAAAAAUUAGAACCAGAUAUUCAUACUACAUAUCCAUACAUAGAUUACUCAGAGAAGAGAUCUUUACCAGUUUCGAUACCGGAUUAUCAUUACAUAGAACGGAACGGCGAACGUUUUGUUGUGUACAAUAUCUAUAUGGCUGGUAGACACCUUUGUUCUAGACGAUAUAGAGAAUUUGCCGAUUUAAAUGCCAACCUUAGAAGAGAAUUUUUCGACUUUAAUUUUCCAAAAUUUCCUGGAAAAUGGCCAUUUAUGUUAAACGAACAGCAAUUAGAUUCUCGACGAAGAGUAUUAGAACAGUAUUUAGAAGUGGUUUGUGCAGUACGUGUUAUAGCUGAAAGCGACGUAAUGCAAGAAUUUUUCGCUGAUACGGACGAACAGCAGAAGAAUGCUACUCCAGUUGAAGUGAAAAUUUUGCUACCAGAUAAACAAAUUGUUGCCUUAUCUAUCCGUAAAAGUUCCACAGCCGAUGAAGUUUAUAAUAAGUUGAUAGAAAAAAUUAAAUUACCCAAGUCCUCCGCAGAGUAUUUUUAUUUGUUUGAAAUUUCAGAAUAUAAUUUCGAACGUAAACUCCAUCCACAAGAAUUUCCUCAUCCUUUAUACAUACAGAACUACACCACAGCAACUGCGACCUGUCUUAGUUUACAAAGAUGGUUAUUCUCUUCGAGUAUAGAAAAAGAGCUAAUAAAAAAUGACGAACUGGCCAAAUCCUAUAUAUUUUGGAACGCUAUAGAAGCCGUUGAACGGAAUCACAUUCGUGCCAAUGAUAAAUUAUACCAAUUGAAAGCCUUACAAGAAUCAGGCAAAAAGCUCGAAUACCUAGCCAUGGCCAGAACAUUACCGGGUUACGGAGAAGUAGUAUUUCCUCAUUGUGCUUGUGAUUCGAGGAAAUACGGACGUGUCAUAAUAUCUAUAGGCGAAGCUGGCUUAAAACUGCAAGCUUGUACCGAAGAUGGUGCAUCACAGAAUCAAACUGUCGAGUUCACCUGGCUUGUUAUCAAAAGCUGGGAAGUUGAUGACGAAGGGGGUACAUUUAGUUUCCAAUAUAAAAGGAACGAUAAUCUCUUAUCGAUAAAAUUCUAUACGCCUUAUUUCGCAUUUUUAAGCGAUUGCUUUCAAAGAAUUCAAGAUGAAAGACAAUGGGCUACUACUUGCAAGUAACCUCGCAACUUUUUCGCAUAAGUACAUACCAUCAGGACAUGCGUAAUGUAUUUAUUUCUCCUUAUUGUUUAAUUUUUAUAUUUUAAUAUAGCAUUAAUUCCAUUUAUAUCUUUUUAGUAAAAAAAAAAUAUUUUACUAUUCCUUUCAUUAGGCAAGUUAUUUUUGUUUUUUUUCCUCGUUGUACCUACCCCAAAAAUUACCAUUACUUAAUCAUGUUACUUUUUUCCAUUUUACUAUACAUGUCGACAAUAUAGAGUUUUAAAUGAUUGUUAGUUUAAUUACUCGUUUAAUUAGUUGACAAUCUAGUUUUAAUGAUAAAUUUUAAUUGACAUAUCUGCAGUUGUUAUAAUGGACAUAGUAGUAGAUAGUUUUACAUAUUUAUAUCGUCAUUUGUUUUAUUGUACCUUGAUAUUUAUUAUUUUGUCUUUCAUUUUACGUAUAGAAUAGUUGAAAAAAAAUCGCUUUAAAAAUUUAUUUACAGGUAUUUUUUUACCUGCUAAGAACCAAUGCGUAUUAUUAAUAUAAAAGUUUCUAUAUUAUGUAGUAAGUAUAUUACUCGUAAAAAAUUGUACUUUUAGAAAAUUUUAUAACUUCCAGUGUUUCCUGAACGAUGCUGUUUUUUGGUCUUUUUUUUCGUUAUUGUUUAUACAAUUAUGUUACUCAUUCGUGAAGUAUUACCUCACAUAUACAUACGUUUACGUAUAUUACAGAAUAUAUCUUUA